AUGCUGCCGUACCUUUUCCCUGACCUUGCCGCCUUUGCCACAGUCGCUGACCUAGUUGCUCACCUUCGCACUAGUGACGCCCGCUACCGCGCUGCCCUUCCCACUAAGUUCUGUGCCAAGAACCCCCCCCCCAUGUACAUCACCCUUUACUACCUAGUCACCCGCCUCCCUGACUCCGUCUCUUCAAACAGGGACCACUUUCUCUCCUUUGCCCCAACCGAGCUGACUGUCGACCUGCUAGAGGAGCGCCUUACUGCAGCUGAGAAGAGUAUCUUAGCUGUCGGUGCUUCUCGCGGCGACCGUCGCACCCCCUUCUUUGAGGGGUGUUCCCUGUCCCCCUUCUCCCCUCGUGUUGCUUCUGCUGCUGCUGUCGACCUCGUUGGCACUGAGGAGGGGGCGGCGGGGGAAGCAGUGGAGGAGGUGGAGGCGGCGGAGGAGGUGGCGGUGGAGGUGGGGGUGGUACCGGGAGUGGGGGCAUCAGUGGCGGCAGUGGAGGUCGUGGCGGCGGUGGCGGAGGUGGUGGAGGCAGCGGCAGCGGUGGUGGAGGUGGCGGCGGCGGUGGUGCUGGUCGAGGGUGCCAGCCGCGCAGCGUGGAGGCUUGGUGGCAGCCAGCGCCAGCAGCAGCCGCGCACACCUGUCCCACCCGACCCGGGCAUUGCGGCUGCUGCUCUAGGUGCUAGUGCGUCUGCUGUGUCAGGUUCUGGUGCGUCUGCUGCUCCAAGUGCUGGUGCGACUGCUGCUCCAGGUGCUAGUGCGUCUGCUCUCUUUGGCAGCACCACGCUCACGCCGCUCAGUCGGCCUGUUGCGGUCUCCCUUGCUGACCCCUCAGGGGGUCCAGUCCUUGCACACUUCUCCACGGUUCUACCGUGUCCUGCGGCUCCGUCGGGCUUGCUGUCGGGACUCCACCUCCCCUCGUUCUCUACGAACUUGGUGAGUGGAGCUGACCUCGAGGACGCGUGGGUUGACCAGUUCACCCCUGGAGGUCUAGUCCUGCGUCUGCCCCCUGCUCGUGUCGUCCUCUGUCGCACGAGACUCUCAUUUGGCACCACCGUCUUGGUCACCCCUCCCUGCCUCGUCUUCGAGCUCAGUGAGAGUUUCGGCUCGGACCUUCCUGUUCUGCGUCUGCACUCAGACAGAGGUGGGGAGUUUUCCUCCGACCUCCUGAGAGCCUUCUGUCGUUCGGAGGGCAUCCGCCAGACGUUCACGCUUCCGGCCUCCCCGCAGCAAAAUGGGAUUGCUGAGCGCCGCAUUGGCAUGGUCAUGGACGUCGCUCGUACGUCCAUGAUCCAUGCGGCUGCUCCCCAUUUUCUGUGGCUGUUCGCGGUUCAGUACGCUGCGCAUCAGAUCAACCUUCAGCCUCGUGUCUCCUUGCCGGAGACCACACCUACUCUGCGGUGGACGGGGAAGGUUGGCGAUGCGUCCGCGUUCCGUGUCUGGGGAUCUCGAGCUUUUGUCCGCGAUACUACAAGCGGACAAGCUGUCCUCCCGUGCCGUUCCCUGUGUCUUCCUUGGCUUCCCUCCUGA